CGCAAACAUGCACGACCAUGAUGUCCAAGAAGCUCUGAGAUAUGCGGUGUUUGAACACAACAAGGAAACGAACGAUAAUUACAGGUUGUUAGUCAAGGUGGUCAAGGCCCAGAAACAGGUGGUGUCAGGGACGUUGUACAUAUUCACUGUGAAGAUGGUCAAGGCUGGGUGCAACAUUGGAGAUCAGAACACAAUCUGCCGUAUCCUUGGGAGCUCCGUGAUUGCAGAACCCUACCUGUGCACCUUUGAUGUUUGGACCCAGCCCUGGUUGAACAAAAUCGAUUUCAAAAGCGAGUGCAAGGAGUAAAGAAGGAUGGA